CCCAUCGGCCAAAAUGGCGGCGGCCGUUGGCGCCGAGUCCUGCUUGUAGUUCCAUUGCCUUACUCCUCCCGUUGCAAAAUGUGAAAGGAGAAGGGGCUGGUGGAGGGGGGCUGGAGGCAAUGAGUCGGCGAAGGAAACAUGGGGACAGCCCUGGCCUGAAGAACACGCCGCGCAAAGCUCCGGCGGCUGAGGAAUGCAGCUCGAUGGUCGAGCCAGGGAAGAGGCGGCUGAGGUCGGCCCGCGGCUCAGGGCCCCGCAGGGCCGGAGACACGUCUCCCCGGUCCGUGCUGCAACAAGAGCAGCCUCCAGCAGCCGCUUCGUGCAGUAAAAGUAACCCCGAGGAAAGAUAUGAAACACCAAAGAGAGUACUGAAAAUGGAUUUCUUGUCAUCUGCCUUCAGUUCUCCUAAUGAUCCAGAUGGACAGAAUGAUAUCUUUUGGGAUCAAAAUUCUCCAAUGACAAAACAGUUAGGUAAAGGAAGAAAAAAACAGAUUUACACCACAGAUAGUGAUGAAAUCUCACAUAUUGUUAAUCGCAUUGCUCCUCAGGAUGAAAAACCAACAACAAACUCCAUGCUAGGCGUGUGGAUUGGUGCAACUGCUAUUCCUUGUACUCCCAGUGUAGCAAAAGGAAAAUCAAGAGCAAAAAUCAGCUGCACAAAGUUAAAAACACAAAAUCAAGAGGAAGAACUUAUGAAAUUGGCUAAGCAAUUUGAUAAAAAUAUGGAAGAGCUAGAUGUGAUUCAAGAGCAAAACAAAAGAAAUCAUGAUUUUAUCCAGACAAUUUCAGAAGCAGAGACUUUAAGCAAUUAUAAAGAUAAUGUACAGAUGCAGUUAUUACAUGAUAUAGUUCCUGAAAUAGAUAAUUCUAUAAUAAAGAAGCCAAUGAAAGAAAACACCAGAAUGUCUGUGGUAAAUGAUCAAAAUAGCAUUCAGAAGCUAUUUGACCAAAAUGCUGAAGCAGCCUUUAAUGCCAUUUUUGAUGGUUCUACUCAGAAAUGUAGUGGACAGUUCAGCCAAGAUUUGUCAGAUGCUUUUUUAAACAUGAGUAAUACCACCUUUGAAAAGAAAAGCGCUUUAAAAGAGGAGAAAAUAAUUAUGAAUGAAAGUCUGGUCCCUGAAAAACUGCCAGAUAAAACCCCAAGAUCACUUUUUUGUCAAGUAGACACUCCUGGAAUGACAAAAUCAUGUGUGACUUCUUAUACUGAGAAGCCAGAAGCUUUUCAUAAAUACCUUGAUGCAUUUACUACCAGUGAUUUUGAGGAUGAUUGGGAAAACUUACUAAGUAAUGAACCUUUUGUUAUGCAAAAUGUCAACAUGUGUGAACCUUUCCCUGCUCCUAAAACAGCCCAGAUUGCUGAUCAAAAGGGAAUUUAUAACUUCAACAAUAAGAAUGAUAAAAAUAAGUCAAGAAUGAAUACAAGUCUAGAUACCAGGUUAAGAGAUUCAAAAAUUUUACAGGAUCUCCCUUCAAAGACACGUAACAAGGAAUCAAUAGAUUCUGGAAAAUAUGGGUUUUCACUAAAUCCAAACGAUAAACCAAGCAAAUUACCAUCCACUGGAAAUAAAAUGAAAUUUGAGAAAUCUUUCAGUAAAACUGUUGUUCAAGACGAAAUUCAAGACUGUGCAGUUGCGUCUAAUCUGACAAAAGUAAAAGAAGAUAUGCACACUAAAUUUACUUCUGAUGUAAAUAUUUCUGAAAAGUCAGCUUUGAACACAGGAUAUUCUAAUGAACAAAAAAAUAAGUCCAUUUAUAAUCAGUCUUUUAAAGCACCUGCUAAUAUAGAUCCUUUUGGCUCUGCAACUUUGGGCAAUGAAACCAGUGUUUCUAAUCCAAAUCAGACUAAUGCAUCAAAGUUAGGUUCUUUCUUUGAUGACUGGAAUGAUCCAUCAUUUGCCAAUGAAAUUGUUAAAGCAUGUCAUCAAUUAGAGGAUACCUGGGAAGCAGAUGAUGUAGAUGAUGAUUUAUUAUACCAAGCAUGUGAUGAUAUUGAAAGACUAACUCAGCAACAAGACAUUAGAAAGGACAGCAAGAUAUCAGAAAGUAAACUUGAUAUCAAUAAUAGUUCCAAACAUGGAGCCAAAACUAUGUUUACUACAUCUAAACAAGAAAGUCAGUUGGUGCAAUCGAAGCAUUUGAAUCUGAGCAGCAUUUCAGGGUAUACAUCUUUCACAAAUAGCUCACAAUUAAAUAAACCAGUAAAGAUGGAAAAAGAAAUUUGUGGAAAUUCUCCAAGCUUUUUAGGUGCUACAACUAAUUUAACAAUAUACUCUAAGAACUCAAAUGAUCAGAUCGAUAAUCUACAUUAUGCCUGUAAUAACACUGAUGUUCCAAUACAAGUGACUAGUACUGAAUCAGUUCUUAUAGGAAAUUCAAGUUUGAAUGUGAGGUCAGAUCAUAGGAAUACAGAAACUGCUACUGACAAGAAGAAAUUAAGUACUCAGCAUCUAUCCCAUAGGAGCACAACAGAUGGACCUAAGAGUGACCUUAACAGACCAGUUCGAUUUCCUAAGUAUACAUUUACAAAGAUGAAAAAUUCUCAAAUUCUUUCCCAGCUUAAUCAAAAUUGUAUACCAGCAAGAGUUUCCGAUACCAAAAUUACACAGGGUUUGGAGAAAAAUAAAACUGUCAACCCAUUUUGUGGGAAGACUGUUCAACAGCAGUCUUUGGCAAAACGUUCUGAAUCUUUGAAACAACCUCCAAAAGAGGAAGAAGAGAAAAAUAAAAAGUAUUCUCCUGAAGAAAUUCAAAGAAAAAGACAAGAAGCAUUGGUUCGAAGAAUGGCCAAAGCACAAGCAUCAUCUGUAAAGGCAGCUCCCACUUACGAAAUAUUAGUUGUAAGACGUAACAAAGACAGUUAAUAGCUAUCUAUGAUAGGAAAUAUUUUUUCUUGAUUUCUCUGUGAGAAAUUUAAUGCUGACUUAUAAAGCAUGGACUUCUUUUUUUUUUAUGGACUUUAUUUUAUUUAAUAACUCAAUGUUUGCAAUGGUCAAUGAAACCUUUCAUUGGAGAGGUAUGUGAAAAUAAUUGCAUAUAAGUUUUGGCAAUUCAGGAGAAUUAACGAUUAUGUUGUAGAAUUAUACAGAGUAAAGUAGUUGUAUUUUUAAAUAUUGUUGAUCCUCCAAAAAUAGGUAAUCUAAUUUUUUAUUGUAAUAACUUCCUAAUACAAAGCUUCAACUCA